AUGGAGAACAAACGUCAAGUGAUUACAAUCCACGUAGGACAGGCCGGCGUGCAGAUGGGCAAUGCCGUAUGGGAAUUGUAUGGCUUGGAACACGGAAUCGGUGAGGACGGUUUCGCUACGUCGCCCGGCGGUACCACGGACUGUCAGUCUGAAAACUCGACGUUCUACAAAGAGACCACCACCGGCAAGUACAUGCCUCGGACGGUGAUGGUCGAUCUGGAGCCCACGGUGAUUGACCAGAUCCGCGCCGGCCGCAACCGGACUCUGUUCCAUCCCGAUCAGUUGAUCUCCGGCAAAGAGGACGCGGCCAACAAUUACGCCCGCGGAUACUACUCGGAGGGCCGGCCGUACGUGGACAAGGUAAUGGACGCGGUGCGCAUGUUCACCGAGUCGUGCGGCGGCGUCCAGGGAUUCAUCAUAUUCCACUCGAUGGGCGGCGGCACGGGAUCCGGUCUGACCGGCGCGCUGUCCGAGUGCCUGAAACAGGAGUUCACGAAAAAGAGCAACCUCGAAGUGCUGGUGUACCCGGCGCCGCGGGUGUCCACCGCGAUCGUCGAACCGUACAAUUCCGUGCUGGUGUCGCACAAGACGCUGGACAUCACCGACUGCACGUUCAUGGUGGACAACGAGGCCAUAUACGACAUAAGCUCCAGCAAGCUAGAGGUGGAACGGCCCACGUACACCAAUCUCAACCGAAUCAUAAGUCAGGUGGUGUCGUCCAUCACGGCGUCCCUUCGAUUUCACGGGUCGCUCAACGUGGACAUCAACGAGUUCCAGACCAAUCUGGUCCCGUUCCCGCGCAUACACUUCCCCCUGCUGGCGUACGCACCGUUCGUGUCAUCGCACAAGUCCGCGCACGAGUGUCCGUCCAUCAAGGACAUAACCGUUGCCUGCUUCGAACAGGGCAAUCAAUUGUUCCGCCUGGACAACAAGCGGUCGGCCAACGGCGGCGGCAAGUACAUCGCAUGUUGCAUGCUGUACCGCGGUGACGCCGUGCCCAAAGACAUCAACUACGCCAUCUCGCACUUGAAAAACACCAAACAUUUGGAAUUCGUCGACUGGUGUCCGACCGGGUUCAAGGUGGGCAUCAAUUAUCGGCCUCCCGCGUCCGUGGCCGGCGGCGACGACAUGAUCGGUUGUGGCCGGGCGGUAUGCAUGAUGUCCAACACGACAGCCAUAGCGGCCGCGUGGACGAGCUUGUGCCAUAAAUUCGACCUGAUGUUCCGCAAACGGGCGUUCAUCCAUUGGUACGAAAGCGAAGGAAUGGAAAAGGCCGAAUUCCGAGACGCCAGGGAAGACCUGGAAACUCUACUGAACGAUUACAAAGAGCUGGAGCCUUUCCCCGACAGCGAAGACGAAGAAGACAAUCAUUCUCUUUGCCUGUAUACCUAA